UCUUCUUGUUGAGACGACGCUAGAAAGAAGAGCUCUCUAAAUAAACGUUUUGAUUUAUAGUAAUAUGAGUAAUGUACCCAACCAAAAUGGAUCAGGUCUAGAGCAGCAAUUUGCUGGUCUGGACUUGCAGGGCGGCCGCCAGCAAUCAGGUGGCCGCUACGUGCCCCCACAUCUUCGUAACAAAGUAGCAACAGACUAUCAGGGGGGCGAGCAACAUUACUACGAGAGUCGGGAUAGUCGGGAAUACCGCAGCCAGGGGAGAGGGAAUUAUUCCAGAGGCAACCAACAAGGUCGUGGUGGAGACUAUAACAGCAGUUACCGCAGCAGAAGGAAUGAAGGAAGCUACGGUGGUCAGCCAUACACUAACGGAGGAGACGAUUGGGGAAGAGAAAACAGUAGCUACCGCCCUGCAAGCAGGAAUAUUGAUGGCAGGGAUUUUGAUUGGAGUGGUCGAGGAGGUGGCCGUUGGCAGGAAAAAAGUGGUAAUGAACCUCCCCCUUCACGCAAUGAUCGGUGGCAAGAACCACAGGGCGGACGAAAUUACAGUAGUAGUGGUGGAGGGGGGAGUGGUAGCAGUAGUGGUGGAGGAGGUGGAGGUCGCUGGAAAGAAGGUCAUUUUCAAGAGGUGGACUGGACCAUUCCCACAGCAAGAGAUGAACGUCUUGAAUAUGAGUUGUUUGGUUCAGGCAAUACUGGCAUCAAUUUUAAUAAAUAUGAGGACAUUCCCGUGGAGGCGACGGGAGACAACGUACCAGACCAUAUCGUCAGUUUUGAUGAUGUGCAGAUGACUGAGAUAAUCUCCAAUAAUAUUGCAUUAGCACGAUAUGACAAACCAACACCAGUGCAGAAAUAUGCUAUACCAAUCAUUAUGUCUCGACGGGACCUCAUGGCCUGUGCCCAGACAGGCUCUGGCAAAACUGCUGCUUUUCUGGUUCCAAUUCUGAACCAAAUGUAUGAGAGGGGCCCACAGCAAGCAAACAUCAAUGCCAGGUCAUACAGUCGUCGCAAGCAGUACCCACUGGGCUUGGUAUUGGCCCCGACCAGGGAAUUGGCUACUCAGAUAUAUGAUGAGGCGCGCAAGUUUUCAUACCGUUCCCGGUUGCGCCCUUGUGUUGUAUAUGGUGGUGCCAAUGUUGGAGACCAAAUGCGGGAACUGGAUCGUGGCUGUCAUUUGUUGGUUGCUACACCAGGAAGGCUUGUAGAUAUGCUUGAACGAGGCAAAAUUGGGCUAGAGAAUUGCAGGUAUCUGGUCUUGGAUGAAGCAGACCGCAUGUUGGAUAUGGGUUUUGAACCACAGAUCAGACGUAUUGUGCAGCAGGAUGCAAUGCCUAAAACUGGUGAAAGGCAGACACUUAUGUUUUCUGCAACAUUUCCCAAAGAGAUUCAGAUCCUGGCCAGGGACUUCCUAGAUAAUUAUAUAUUCUUGGCAGUGGGCCGUGUUGGCUCCACAUCAGAGAACAUAACUCAGAAGGUAGUGUGGGUAGAGGAGCAUGACAAACGCUCCUUUCUUCUUGACCUUCUAAAUGCAGAAGGAUUGAAUCAACCAACACCAGAAUCAUUGACUCUUGUGUUUGUGGAAACGAAGAAGGGAGCAGAUUCUCUUGAAGAAUAUCUUCAUAAUGAGGGCUAUCCAGUUACAUCAAUUCAUGGUGACCGCAGCCAAAGAGAAAGGGAGGAAGCUCUGCGCAGAUUUCGAUCAGGGGCUACCCCAAUUCUUGUGGCCACUGCUGUAGCUGCUCGUGGUUUGGAUAUACCACAUGUGAAACAUGUAAUAAACUUUGACCUUCCAUCAGAUGUUGAAGAAUACGUUCAUCGCAUUGGACGUACAGGCCGCAUGGGAAAUUUGGGUGUAGCAACAUCUUUCUUCAAUGACAAGAACCGUAAUUUAGUGCGGGACUUGGUGGAACUGAUCGUAGAAACAAAACAAGAAUUGCCACCAUGGCUAGACUCUAUGGCAUCAGAUCAGCGAAUGCCACAGAAUAAUCGACGUAGUGGUGGUGCUGGAAAGAGAUUCAGUGGAGGUUUUGGUGCAAGAGAUUACCGUCAGCAAGGUGGAAAUCGGUCAGGGCCUUCAGGGGGUGGCGGAGGCAGGAAUACUGGGGGUUAUGGAGGCUAUGGUGGUGGUGGACAUUCAGGUUUCUAUGGAGGAAAUAGUGGUGGAGGUGGCUAUGGAGGCUCCUACUCAGGUGGAAGUGGUGGCAGUGCAGGUCCUGACUGGUGGGGUAAUUAAAUGCAUCUCACCUGUGGCUGAACUGCCACUCAAGUUACCAGCUUGAGUCAACCCAUGGAAAUGUAGCCAAGCGAAGUUCACAUUACAUAAACCCUGCAUUCUUGGAACAUACAUGGUCUAUAUGUUUAUUCAGAUGGCUAAGCCACAUAGCAAAAUGAAAGCUCAUCAAACAGCCAUUUACUUGGUUGAUUUUGGAACAUAAUACUUAUUACUACUUCAUGAGAGAAACUUAACUAUAAAAGCAACACUGCAGUUUGUGAAGCUUAUGGCUAUUCCUUUUUCCUCUGUGUCUCUUAUGUCACUAAAUGCGCAUGAAAUUGUCUCUUUAGUUGAUGCAGUUUAUGCUGAAAUAAGUUGUUCCUUCCUGCACCUGGUAACAUUAUGAGUACUAGUAGUUGUAAAUUUUCUUAGUCUUGAUCAAUAUGUCAUUCUUACACAGAUGAGUGAGGAUCUCUUUUAAUUCCCCUCAGUCCUGAUUAUUUUAAAAUUCUACCUAAACAACUUAUUUGGAUUCAAUAUAUCAUUAAAGUAAUGUUUGGUGAAAAAUGUAGUAGUGCUCAGGAGCUAAGUUCUGCAUUUUGUAAAGAGCAGCAGCCCCUGCCUGCUUGCAGAAUAAAUAGAGUAGUAAUAUGGAAAUGUGAAAUGUUGGUGAUUGAACAUUGAAGAAGUCAUGUCUUAAUAAAUAAGGUUAAAAGCUGGGGGGUGACCAGCUAGGUGUCUUCAGAAAUGUGAGCAUUGAGUGUUAGAGCUUUUCACAUUAAAAUAUCUUUGUGAGUAGAGAUAUCAGACAUUCAUUCAAGGUUGGAUGGACUCUUGAGAUGUAGGUAUUCAAAUGACAAUGAGGAGACUUCUCUUGAACAGUAAAAAUAAGGAUAAAUACACAAAGAUUAAUGUACAAAGACCCCUGUGUUAAUAGAACAGGUAAUUUUUUAAAUAAGACUUGAAUAUGAGUUCAUCCUUUUGAAGUUAACAGAGUUAAUUCUGAGUAACUGAAAAUUGAAAAUGAAUUCAUAGAUAAUCAGACUUAAGAUGUUUGUCAUGACCUUUGAGCAGAGUUGAGAUUGCAUCUCACCUUGCUGCCUUGCUGCUGUUGAGGUUAUUUGCAUCUCUACUAUGAUGGCCAGAGGCUAACUAGAGAGAGAGGAAAUGUAAAUGAUUUAUGUAGUGUCACCAAAUAUAAUACUCGAUAAAAUGAUGGACUUUGAAGGGUGUGAAAAGUUUGGGGUACAGAUACAGCGUGAAUAGGAUAGAAAAAGCAAGGGCCCUACAAAAAACUGAAGCUUUAAAUACACUACAUUUCCUAUUUAUACAUAUGGUAUUUUUAUGUGCAAUAAAUAUAGGAAGAAAAAUGCCAAGUAUUUUUUUUUAUCAUGUGUGAUGCAGUUGAAUCUCAUAUCUAAUAACGUGCAUAAAGAUCUUUUUAAAACACUCAGUCAACACAUCGUUCUACAAAACGGGUUUUCACAGAUAUCUAGUUGUGAAAAGGGGAGGGAAAGGAGUAUGUGGCAUACAUAGCCAUUUCAUUGCCAUGCUUUAUUGUAUUAUAGAAAAACGCACUGAUAAGCAAGUCAGACCCCAGGAAAAGUAUAGUACAAUACACGUUUUCAGUUUCUGUGGUGCUGCUGGCAUUCUUCAUGGUAUGAAGGAAGUAGCAUCUUAUUGCCUAAUAAAGCUAAUGAAAACUAAUUUAUUUCAUAAUUUUUUCCUGUUAAAUGUAAUAAUAAGACCUACGUGUGUACAUUUCGAAACCAAGACUUUGGUUCCGUUAGGUAGCCUAUACUAGGCAUCCUUACAAUAUUCAAUCUUACAAAGUUAAAAUGUAACAAAGGGUAAGGAACACUGCUUCUGUGUGUUGUGACAAGGAGGAGGGUAUUGCUUGAUGACUUUAAUGCUUAAGCUCUUGAACAGAUAUUUUAUGAAAGAAAAUUAGGAUUUGCAGUGAAUAAAGUGCUUGAAAAAUACAAAUUGAUGCCUUAGAAAUCUGCAGAAAAUAUUGUUUGGGAAAUGAAUUUGAAUUCAUAGUCAGCAGUGUGUAUUUUGAAAUAUUUUAAUUGGUAUGAGAUACUGUAGAUACACUCAGUUGGACCUAACCUCAAAAAUGUAUAUAAAGGUUAUUUUUAGAAGCUGUUGGUAGAAUUGUGAAAUUGCAAAAUCAUUUCAUUUUCCGCUCAGAAUAUGUAUUAAUAUAUCAUACUGAGAGAUUAAGUGCUGUAGUGCCCUUACUUACCUCAACAAUUAAUUCUUCAUUAGUAAUGGCAGUGGGUAUUUGUACCUAGGUAAAUAAUCAGCAAAGUAAUUUUUAAAGAAUGUGUGUGCCAGUUACAUUUUUCAGCUCUGGCUGUUGGCAUGUGUAGAAGUUACUGUGUUGCUUAAAAGCGGUGCUAGAGCAAUUUAAUGUUUUGAGAUUAGGACUGAUGUUGAGAUUGUAUCUUGGUACAUAUGGAAAUCAUGGCCCCUUUCAAAUAAUUUUAGAGUGCAGAGCAAGGCAGAAGUUUGACACACGCCAGUACCCCAAGCAAAUUGUUUUCACGCCAAAAAAAUAUGUAUUAAAUAAAUUAUAUACAAAUCUAAAUAGUGAAGGUAAUAGGCAUUCAGGGGGCUGUUGCAUUUUCACUCUUUCCUGUGUUUGGGCACAGUUGUGAAAUAAACACGUGUUAUCCGAUUUAUGUUCAUUCAUUGUUAAUCAUAAAAACAACUUUUCUUCGUUCAUUAAUCUUAGUAUUCACAUAAUGGUUGAUUAACUAGUUUAAGGAAGCAAAAAAAUAUAUAUUGAAAUUGUAUGAUGCUUAACUGUAGGUGACUAGAAAUUUGUGGCUUCAUAAAAAGUGGGUAUGUUUCGAAGUGUAAAUUGACUUGGUUAAUUGGGUCUCCAGUUUUACACUGUUGAUUAUCAGGAAUGUUUGAGCAAGGUUAUAUAUAUAUAUAUAAUUUUAAUUUGCAGUGGUGUUGGUUGGGAUGUAUGAAUUCUUGAAGACAAAAGUGAGUAGUUUUGAAUUAAUUAAUUUGAGAUAAAUGCCUUUUGUGUGUAAAAAUUGCUGGAAUUUAAGAUUUUGUAUGGAUCUACAGGCAAAUUGAAAGAACAUUUUUCACUUCUGAAAUUUUCAAAUAUCUAACUUAGUUAUUAUUUAGGACUUUUAUUCUUAUGUGUGAAUAUAUAUAUAUGUGUGUGUGUUUUGUACACACCCAGACACGCAUGCACAAGAUUGUCUGCCAUUUGUGAGCUUGCAAAUGCCCCUACAAUUGAACAUUUGCUGUAUUGAAGAGGGGAGUAGAGGGUUCCAUGUGGAAGUCAUAUGUUUGAUAUUGUCCACCACUUCCACCCUCUCAAAUUAUAAAUUAAUGAAUAUUUAAAGUAGAAGGGUUAUUUACUGCCAGAAACUGUAUAAAAUGCAUCCAUUCAACAAGACAAGAUCUGAAAUGUGGUUUCAGAUUCCACUGUACAUAUUACAGCUUUGGGAUUAAGAGCAUGCACACAACACCCAUACAUUUUGUACAGUUGUUUUAAUCUCCAUUUCUUAUUAUAUCAUGUUUUUGAAUGGUUAUAGUAUGAAGCCAGUGAUAACUUAUUGGUACAUGGUUUUGUGAAUAUGUUCUUCUGAUGUUAGGACCUUAUUAACCAAGUGCAUUUGUUAGUGAAGAGUUGAGUCAUGUUAGGAUAUCUGAUUUUGAACUGAUCAGAGGGCCUGACCUACCACCAUAUAUGUGUAUUUUUUUAUAAGCCUCUGGGCUCAAUAUGAUUGAAUCUAUAGCACAAAUUUAGCUUUGCAAUCAUCAUAUUUCUGCAAGUGUGAUUUGCCAGAAAAGGGGUGGGUGAAAUCUAAUUACAGUGAAUGAGUGUAUAUCUCAUUUUACAGACAAUCAUAUGUAUGAAAUAUUCUGUAGUUAACACAUUAAUAAUAAUAAUACUUUUUGGACAGGAGUGAGUAUUUAGUGGCUGAUUUUCAGUUUUUGCAGGAGAUUAUUGUAUUUCUUGUACCAUCAGAUUCUUUAUUGAGUUCAGUGGAUUAUAAGACUUUCAGAUACUGAGUGUAUGAAAUGCAUUCUCUAAGCAUUCUUUUGGAGCUUUGUUAGAAUAUUUACUGUGCUGUGGUCCACUUCAUGCUGUAUGACCACAUCCAUGUGACAAGACCUUUCACAACAUUUAUUUCUUGGAAGGUACUGACUUAGCAGCAAGGGAAACUUUCUGUAUAAUAAUUUACAGGACAUUCACAAGACUGCUAAUAUAUUAACACUGACACAGAUAACACAGACAUCACCAGAAGGCUGCAGUAAAAAGCUUUGAACUUAAUUUGUGCACAUUGCAUUCUGGACUGCUGAGUUGGAACUGGUGGUAUGGAAGGUUUGACUGCUAAUGGCAUAUUUAUAUGGUUAAAGUAAGUGCAAAUUAAUACUUCAGACUUUGAAUGUAUUCAAGUACAUGCAUAAGCCUAUAGCACUGAAAUUGGCAGUGAUUUGUUAGUUUGUGUUAUAUAUUGAAUUCAUUGCUGUUAUGCCAUGUUGGAUGUUACUAUGACCUAACCCAUAGAGAGGGUAUGUUUAUUCAGUUUCUCCUGUUUGAGUGUAGAACAAAUUCCUUUGAAAUGUUGCUUUACGAAACUCAUGAUUAGAUUUUAACUGCAGAUGUAGUUCUGUUUAUAGGCUGUGACAGGUUUGAGAUUAAAGUGGUUUCUUAUGGAUGUUCUGUAUGUUUGUAGGGCACUCUUAUGGUGUCAUUGAUGAUGAUAAUGUAGCAGUAUUACUACAUUCGGUCAUACAUGACUUUGUCACAAGUAUAUUUGUUAGUGAGUACUGGAAUUAUUUUCUAAAGGAUGCUUCCAUCAUUCAGAACACAUGGAUGUAUGUGCAUGAAGAGAAACAAACUGACGUCCACGUUUUUUAAAUUUUGAGGUAAUGAAAUUGAAGUAAGAACUGCUGCAAGUAGUGUUUACAAGAAUCAAGAAUGUGCUUAAUUAUACAAAUUGUUGUCAAACUAUUUCCAGCUAUACACUAUUGCCCCAAUAUAGAUUAGAUAUAAAAACACAUUGUUCACCAAGAAUUUUCUGAUGAACAAAUCUGCAGCUACACAGUACCGAUUUUCAUUUCAUCUCCUCUCAUACACAUGUUCCAUGGAAGAAAAAAGUUUCCCCAUCGUGUCUUGUAUGUAAAGAGGAAUAUGGUUUACACUUUCUGAGAAAUCUCUAUUGAUAAUGGGGACCUCUUUAAGGAGGAUAUUAGUUUUUUAUUGAAACAGAGAAGUCAAGCUGUGAAUAAAGUUAGAAUUCCUCAUUUAUGUGAUCAUGAUUCUCUAAGGAACUGGCUGCUGUGUUGUUGCUAGUCAUACCUUCAACAUUUCAACAUUGGUGAUAUUUACUCAGAGUAUCUUAGUCUGGAACAUGUUAAAAUGUGUGAGCUAAAUGCUGAAAAUUUUACCAAGUAACAUGCCUAAUCCAUUAGGGGCUCUGAUUAUGGAGGUGUGCAGUUCCUUUAAGUGUAACUAUAGAAUGUAGCUUUACUGUGAUUAUUAUUACAGUUUUAAGAUAACUAUGCGUGAUGGGAAAGGUCUCUGAAGUCAGUGUUUUAGUUCAAAAUUUUGAACUAGCACCUGUAAGGUGUUUGCUAGUAUAUAACAUUGUGUGACUAUUUCAUACAGAAAAUUCAUGAUUCUGCAUCAAGUCUUGUUCAUUCUUGUGGAUUCCCCCCAUUGUCAUUUUCCCUUUUUGCCGUCCCUGUUUCCAGUUCUACAAAAAUCAAGGUGAAAAGAAAAUGUAUAAUGUAUUGGCAGAUUCUGUGAGCUUAAUAGUUAGGCAAUCCUCACAUGCCAGGGUGAAGUUAUGAAGAUACAGGAAUGCUACAGUGUAGAGUAGUGGUCAUUUACAAGAAUUAUACCUACCUUAGGAUAAGAAAUUGUUAAAAAUAAAUGUGAAUACUGCCAAUGUAAGAUGCUUAUUUGACGCUUGACAUGAAGUUUCUUCAUCGCCAAGAAUAAAGGAAAAGAAAUAAUGUUGGUGACCGUA